GUCUUUAGAAAUAGUAUGUCAUAGCCUCUUUGUAUUCUUCAAACAGAUUUUAAUACUUCUUUAAAUUCAAUAUUUCCAUUCCUUUUUACGUAAACAAAAAAAUGGAGAACCAAAAGCAACGCCAAGCUGCUUACAUGAGGAGAAGCCUCUUGGACCAGGGAUACCUUGAUGAACAAUUUAUUCAUCUUGAAGAAUUGCAAGAUGAUGCAAACCCUAACUUUGUUGAAGAAGUUGUCAAGCUAUUUUACACAGAUUCAGCCAGAUUUAUUCGCAAUAUUGAACUUGCAUUGGAAAAUGGACCCUAUGAUUUUGCUAGGCUGGAUAAUUUGAUGUACCAAUUCAAGGGUAGCUGCUCAAGCAUUGGUGCCAGAAGAGUAAAAAGACAAUGUUCUCAGUUUCAGGAAUAUUGUAAUGCAAAAAAUAUAGAAGGGUGCAAGAACACAUUCCAAGGAGUGAAACAAGAGUAUGCUACUCUAAAGACUAAGCUUGAGACUUACUUUCAGAUGGAAAGGUAAAGCUUCAGCUUAUGUUUGAUGUCCAAAGCAGCAUCAGAUUCGAAAUGAACAAGCCCCUCAUGGUCUUCCCUCAAGUAGCUUAAUAAGGAUAUUGCUGCAUUUAUAUAAAUGAUAUAUAGAAUCUUCUUAUCAUGA